UAUAAAUGCUGUACACUUAAUCGCACAGACGGCAGAACCGUCAGCUUUUUCAUCACGCCAUCAACUUCCUCUCUCGGUAUGGAACGUCCGGCCGGUCGACCCAAGUCUCGGGCGACGACUGGAAAUGGGGUCAAGACAUCAGCCCCUCCCCAGAAAGGAAAGAGAGUUUCGUCGUCUUACUCUACUCAACGAUACGAGCCAUUGAAGACAACGACAACGGCAACGGGACCUGAGAAUGGGCGACGAUCGUCGCGAAAGGACGUUUUGAGCGCUGUUUCUCAAGACGAUCAUUUUCACGCCGAUCAGCCGAAUGCGAUGAUUGAGAAGGCAGAGUCGGUCAUUGAGGAAGAUGAUGAUGCAGUAUCAGACUCGGGUUGGGAUGUCGCAACGACGUUUGGAGCUGAUACCUGGGCAGCAACAUGGGAGACCAAACCCGUUCGCAAAGCUAUUGUUAAGGAUUCAGCUGCGUCCACGUGGGGAGACGAAGAAGAGAACGACGGCAACAUGCGUUCUCUCGAGAUCGCGACAUCAGUCUUGAGCUGGACACCAGAUAUCCUGAGGAACGAGCGCUUCUAUGAUGCAGAAGUCAACAAGCUUCCCCGCUUGCCAUGUACCACAUCGGAACAGGACUACAUGAACACGUACGGAAUCGUCGUUCUCGCCGAGAUGCACUCUAGCUUGAGCACCAUCCUGGAGUAUCCGGAGAAAGCCGAAAGAUGUUUGCCCUGCUCCAAGGUUAUGCACGCUGGCAAGAAGAAAAAGUUUCGUGGGAUCAGUACCUGCUGUAUCAUCACCCUCGGCACGCUUUCGAGCUCGUUUAUCCGACCGAGCGACUUUGUCUACCUGUCGACCACUCCGAAACCGUGGGAGGUCAAAGCCAACGACGAAGAAGAUUUCUGUGCUCCAGGCAUCGUCCAGCAGAUAGGGAAAACCGACGGCAAAAUACUUGUCGCUAUCAAAGAAGAAUACCUCGAAAGGAUAAAGGACGCUAUUGAAGCCCGAAAUCUCCUGAUCGUUGUGGUCUCAUCGAUUGCGUCCGAGCUCAGGAUCUACAGCGCUCUAUGCACGCCUGACCACUCCAAGAUGCUCAUGAAGCAUGUUCUUGCGCCCGGACCCGUCAAGGGUGCCGAAACGGCGAUGCAAUCGGAAGCUCACGACAGAAUUAUCGCCGAUCUCGUUUCGAGGAGCAAACCGCUCAAUCCUUCUCAAAGGUAUGCCGUCCUGACCGGAAUGCAACCUCUACUUGGCCCUAUCAGCUAUCCAAUCCUUAUUCAAGGACCACCCGGUACCGGGAAGACGCACACAUUGUCCAGCAUGAUCUUAGCCAUCAUGCUAGCCAAAUCGGAUCAACUCGUUCAUAUAUGCGCACCAUCAAACGCCGCUAUGAGAGAGGUCGCAGUGAGGCUACUCCGGGACGCCGCUCAUACGCGAAUUCUACAUCCCUCCGAAAUCCUGCUCUUCGGUACAGAACAAAAGAUUGACCUCUCAGAUGGGAUCGAUGCCAUCUAUUUCAACUCUCGACUCGAGCGCGGCAAGACCGUCUCGAAGCGUCUGGAUGAUCUCAAAGCUCGCGUACUAAGCGCUAGACAGGACAACCCCGAGGGCACUCAAUCCACUUGGCAUACCGACCCCUUCUCCCCCUUGAAGGACCUAGCCGAAGAAGGAAUCGAGGUCUUGACGAUCCUCGGCAAUGAUUUCAAUCACAAGGACGUUGACGGAUGGAAAGGCAUACCGCUUUGCGUGGAUCUCCUCACCAGGUGGAAACGAGAUUUGAACGCCAUAAUCGGGAACAAGCCGCCCAACGUGGGAGUGGUCUUAGAGAAGCUCGAGAGUAUGCUCGAUGAUAUCAGCAUGACCAUCUCGAAUGACCCAGAGGUGCUAGAGCAAGCCUUCGCCGAGUCAACAAAGGUAUUCUUUUCUACCGUCAACUCGGCCGGAGGCAAGAUUCUGGACAUGUUCGUGGGUCGUUCGCGCUUGAUUAUCCUCGAUGAAGCGACCCAGACUUUAGAACCAGAAAUGUCGAUCCUUCUAAAAGACGACAUCGUCGGACUUGUAGCGAUCGGGGAUCCUCAACAACUCCCAGGCGUGGUGGCAAACCGCAAGCUGGAGUCCAAGGGGUAUUCGAUAUCCCUUUUCGAAAGGCUGUUGAACGCAGGCUCGCCGCACCUGCUUCUAGCCACCCAGUAUCGAAUGCACCCGGACAUCUCGCAAUGGCCUGCAAAUACGUACUACGAUGGCCAGUUGGAAGAUGGCCGAAACACGAUCAUGUCAGGACGUACCCCUUCUUGGCAGAUCCACGGAGAGGAGCUCUUCUCGCCGUAUUCGUUCAUCGCGAUUCACGGGCUUGAAGAGAAGAACCUGCGCACAAAAAGCUACUGCAAUCAGGCCGAAGCGAACGUUGUGCUAUCGUUCUUGCAGCGUCUGCUCACGACCUUGAUCAGAACCGAUCACGAAGGAGAAGUCGAAGUGGGAUGCAUUACCGGGUACACCGCCCAGGUCCGCUUGGUAGUCAAGAACCUCUCAAGGCUACCCGGGUCCAUUCCAAUCGAGACUGCUUCCAAGACUGAAAAGGUCAGGAUUGUGGUCACCUCGAGGUGUUCCAUAGUCAUCGAUGUGGCCUCGGUUGACGCCUUCCAGGGCCAAGAGCGCGACAUCAUCAUUUUUGCUACGACGCGAGCCAACAAUGGGCGUCAGCUUGGGUUCUUGAAGGAUGCUCGUCGGCUUAACGUCGCUCUGACUCGAGCCAGGUUCGCCUGCAAAAUUAUCGGGAACGCAUAUACCCUUAUGGCCGAUCCGAUGUGGCAGAAGCUCAUCGGAGACGCUCAGCUUCGAGGGAACUUUUUCGAAUUCGACGACACUACGCUCAAUGUAGAUGAUCGCCUCAUCUCGAAAGACUUGGCGGCACUUUCCAAGACCAUCGCCAGCAUGCAAGUAGGAGGACCUAAAAUCAAGGUUGGUCCUGUUGUGAAAAGGUGCAUUAUGCGAUGGAAACGAAGAAUCGACGCGAUCAAAUAUCGCACGAGGCACCUACAAAAAGUUGACAAGGAAAUGUUCCGUCGACUGGACCAAAUCCCGAUGAGACCUCUCAUGCGGCAUGCGAUCUUCAACCAGGCCUGUGGCAGCAUGUCCAUCGCCAUGGUGGUGUUCGGCAGAGCUCAGCAAGCUCUCCGAUGGGCUACUACGCGCAAAGGCCUGCUGAACAAGGCCGUCGCGCGAGCCGAUGCAGGUGAUCCAGAAGAAUGGCUCACUGCCUUUUGCAAGAGCCAUCGCAACCUGCGGCAACAGCUCGUCUCUAUGCGUACUCAGCUCAGUAUCGCGUCUAUCAAAUACGAGGAUGCCGAUACCAUCAUCUACGAAUCCCAAUUCAUGGAGCUGGCCGCCACCGAAUUUGACCAAAAAUACGGCCUAGUCAUCAAUUGUGUUUACGAAGCGCAGGGAGCCCUGUAAAAGACAGCUCGGCAAGCGUGGCACAAUCUGGUGUCGAAAGCCAUACGACAAGACUACUAUAUACGUUCAUGCAUAUAUACCUUACGACGAUACGGGACUUAAAACACACGACGCGAACGAUAGAAUAGACAUCGCGAUAGAGAUUGCGAUUGUAUACGACCGAUAUAGCGAUGAAUAAGAUUAUGAUAUUUACG